UAAUGGAUAAGAAUUUUCAAAAUUAUCUAACCCUUCUUCCUAUUGGAAUAAAUAUUGUUAUUGGAGGACUAUCCAAGAAAUCAAGAAUUUUAAUAUUUACUAUUAUAAUUGGAAUUUAGAUAUUUAUUUUCUUAGCAACAAAACCACCUAGUUGUCAUUAGAUAGAAUGUCCAAAGAUUGAAAAAAAUAAUGAAAGAAUAUUGUUCUACGAAAAGUAUAACAUAUAAGAUGAUGAUUUAAAUCUUCUUAGAUCAGAACAUUUCUAAUAAGGCUACAUAAUAAAUGCGUUUAAUUUCUAAUUAGGAGUAUUCUUAAUAUUUUUUCCACUAUUUUAUUAAGAGUAGUAUGAAAAGAUAAUCAAUUCUGUUUUAUAUGUCAUAUUAGCUAUUUUUUCGAUAGAAGCAUCAUUUCUAUUAUCAACAGAAAUUAUUAAGUAAUUGAUUUAUUAAAAAUAGAAUACCACUCUUUAAUUUAACUUAUUUUGAGCUCUUCUCAUUUAUUAGGAUUCAAGAAAUAUCUUUAAUCCUAAUAGUAAGAGAAUUAUGUUCAUUUUUUAACAAAACAAAUGUAGACAUAUUAAGAGAAUCUAUAAUUCUUUAGAAAAAGAAUCUGAACCAUAAAGAAUCAUUAAAUUUAAAUUAAAUAGAAGCUUGUUUAUGGUAACUUGAAGAGAAACCACAAGAAAGCUUUUUCUCUACAAAAUAUACAAGAUAUUUUAUUGGAAUAUUUGGAAUAUAUCAAAUGUUUUUGUGA